AUGCAUUAUUAAUUUUCUAGACUAUACCACGCCCACCCACGUGUUGCUGAUGACGUCAUUAUUUCCCUCCCAAUUCCAAUUUCAAACUGAACUGUCCCUCUCUCUUUUCUCUUAUGGCUACUUCAUCUUCUCAUUUAUCCGGUCUCACUCAUCCUCGAGUCCUCCCAGACUCCAGUGCCCCAGAUCAGCGUUGGAAAAGGCUUCCAACGAAGCCAAGAACUGAUACUGCUCCUCUCAAUCUCUCUCAGUCUUCUUCCAAAACUCCCAGUUACAGUAGAACCAGGAAAACCAAAUCUGCCCACACUCCUGGCGUCACACCUCGCCCUGGUGUGACUCCAUCCAGCUCAGUUAACAGCUGUCGAUUUAUCCCAAAGAGGAACACGAUUCAAAACGAGUAUGGAUCAUAUUUGUUAUUAAAGCAGAAACCAGCAAACGAAGAGAAUGAGAGUGACGAUGAGCUGAAGGAUCCUCAAGAUGAGGUGUACCGCAAGUCACUUCUGUCGAUAGCAUGUAAGGGUAGUGUACCCAGAGGGGUACUCUCAUUCCAUACACCAAGAAAUGAUGAUCACUUACCACAGUAUGUUACAAGUGGUCCUGUGGGCAGUAGUGCCUCCAUUUCUCAUUCCAUCACUAAAAGAUUUGGAGACCUGCAUUUCGAGGAGAGAAGGAAGAUUGACACGAAGACAGAGAAGGUUUUAGAUGCUCCGGAUAUUGUUAACGACUUUUAUUUGAACGUGCUUGAUUGGAGCAAGAAGAAUGUUGUAGCAGUAGCCCUAAAAGAAAAGGUUUACCUUUGGUAUGGCGAGACGCAAGAAGUGGAGCAGUUGCAAGGGAUUGGAUACGAAGGCGUAAUGAUCACUGCUCUAUCAUGGGCAGAGAAAGGUCGCUUUCUAGCAAUUGGACUAGACAAUGGUCGAAUACAGUUGUAUGAUUCGGAUAUCAAUAAGAAGAUUCGGACAAUGCGUGCUCACACUGGUCGUGUGAGCUGCUUACAUUGGCACCUGCACUUACUAGCUAGUGGAUCAAAAGAUUGUGAAGUGGCUAUACACGAUGUACGACAGGGAGAGCAUUUAUUAUGCAAGCUACUGGCCCACAAGAUGGAAGUAUGUGGACUUCGAUGGUCACCUGACGGUUCAAUGCUAGCAUCUGGAAGUAAUGACAACACUAUUUGUUUGUGGAGCCCAACAGUCAGUCACAGUCCAAUUCAUGUACUAGAAGGACAUAUUUCUGCUGUAAAGGCAAUGGCUUGGUGUCCAUGGAAGCCACUCAUUUUAGCUACUGGAGGAGGAUCUAAUGAUAAGUGUAUAAAGCUAUGGGAUACAGCAACAGGAGAAUGUAUUAAAACUAAAUGUGCCAAAUCAACAGUCACUGGUAUUGUAUGGUUAGCUGUACAUAAAGAGUUGAUAACGUCACAUGGUUUUCCAAAGAACCAAGUGAUUAUAUGGAAACUGGAACCAGAGUUGACAAAACUAGCUGAAUUAAGUGGACAUGCGGAUCGUAUUUUACAUAUUUCACUAAAUCCCGAUGGAUCCAAACUGAUAACAGCAAGUGCUGAUGAGACAUUGAGAAUUUGGAAUGUUUAAUUUUUUUAAUGAUUAUAAUCUCCUGCAUAUUUAUUAAUUUUUUUGUUGUGGAAUGUCUCAUACAACAAUUAACCAUCUUUAUUUACUGUA